GGUCCGUAUUACAGAAGGCUACUCAAGUCCUGAUCUCUGUUUAAAACUAGAUUUGAGUUGAGAUUUUAUUUUAGAACGCUGCUCAAGCAUAGAUUCGGUGAUCAUAGUUCAGCCGAGGGUAGAUCGUUACUCAGUUGUAGAUUACAGUUUAAGUAGAGAUUUGAACUAUAAUCACGCAAGCGUGCUCGACACCGCGCUUGAGUAGAGAUUUGCUUUGCUUGUCAGUUGUCAGUUUUGCAAACAAUUUGUUGUGGAAUUUAAUAUUAAAAUACUAACAAAAAUGGAUAUUUUUGAAGAAAUAGAUUAUUAUGAUAAUCUAUUUCCUGUCGACGAUUCAAACAGAAGGUUGAACUUCAGCGUUCCGCUCAGAUACCUCAGAGAUGUACAGGACCCAUAUCAUUGUGAGAACUUCAAGAAAAGGUAUAGGUUUUCACAAGAUGUGGUAAAAUCGGUAAUUCUACCCUUAAUUGACCAAGAUCUGAGAAAGUUGUGCAACCGUGGUCAUCCCAUAGCCCCGGAGUUACAAAUUCUUGUGUGUUUGCGGUUUUAUGCCACAGCGUCCUUUCAAAUAGUUUGUGGAGAUUUGUUAUGCGUAUCUCAACCAGCCGCUUCAAAUAUUGUUGCAAAUGUGUCGAGAUUGAUUGCUCUACGACAAAGACAAUAUAUUAAAUAUCCACAAGACAUGGUGUCACACAGAGCGCAGUUUGCGCAGCUGGGCCGGUAUCAAGAAUACCCAGGCCUAAGAAAUGUGGAUGGUGCAAUCGAUUGCACACACGUUAAAAUUGUGAAUACUCCAGGUGUGGAACACCACGAAGCCUUCAGAAACAGAAAGUCUUACUUUUCUAUAAAUGUCCAGGCAGUUGUUGGACCAUUUGGAAAUUUUAUGGACAUUGUGGCACGAUGGGCUGGCAGUACACACGAUAGCAGAAUUUUCCAAAUGUGUUUGUUGCGCACCAAAUACAUGCAGCAACAACACACUGGCUAUCUCAUUGGAGACAGUGGCUACCCAUGCUUAAGAUUUCUUUUGACACCAGUAGGCACACCGACAACCCAUGCAGAACAAACAUACAACAAAGUCCACAUUAAAACAAGAAAUGUGGUGGAGAGAACAUUUGGGAGAUGGAAACGGAGAUUUCCAUGCCUAAGUAGAGGGUUGGGCAACAAACUCAUCACAGUUUCCAACAUUAUUGUUGCAUGUGCUGUACUGUUUAACAUUUCAUUGGUGACAAAUGACAUGAUGCCUUCAUAUGAAGAAGAGAAUGAGGGCAUUGAGGAAGAGACAAACAAUGAAUCGGACAGUCCAGGGACUACUGAUGGUUUCGCAUUCAGAAACACAAUUAUAAAUAAUUAUGUCUGAUUAAAUACACUUGUUUUUCUUUCAAUAAAAGACUAUGUAAAAAUAA